GUUGUCACGGGCGUAGUAAUUUUCGAUAAAUAUUUAUUUAAAAUUGUGAACAAAAAAAUACAUAUCGCGCCUCGAUUCUAAUCGUUAAAGAAGCUUUUAAAACAAAACAUCGCUUUUGCGUUAAAAUCUCUAACUGCCGGAUGAGAUAAUUUACCCGUGUUUUGCAUGAGUGUCCGUAUUAUUGGAGAAAACGAAAAACCGAAAUUCGGAUUAACGCGAGAUUUGUGAAGUGCUUCGCCGGUGUAUCAAUAUAGUUCUUUAUUCUGUUGUAUAUUAAAAAAAAGGGUGCAAGUGUAGUGCAAUGAGGAUGCGGCGGAGGAUUUUCCUCAAAUCCUGGCCCAGCAUCGACGAAAGUCAAAAUUGAAAACGAAUGCUGUUAAGCCAAGGAAUGGAGGGGUCGUGGCAGAGGGAGCAGCGAAAGCACUGCCAUAUUCUGCUCAACCCUUUGUCAAACGCAAAGGAGAACAAAAAACAAGCUGCAUAUGAACGAAAGCGGCAAACAGGGAGACCUCGCAAAGACGACGCUUUAAAAAAAAGGAGUCGCGAGCCGGGGCUGUAGCGAUUGUACACGGAGUGAAUGCGUGCGUGUGUGCAAGGGUGGUAUGUGUGCGUGAGAGAGAGAGUGCGUGUGUGUGGUGAAGAGGCACCUUCCUUGUUCGAAAGUCGAAAGGAUAAGAAAAAAAGAAGGCGUCAUGGGCCCGGCACCCUCUUUUGUCAUCCAUUAAGAAAUGCAAGUAGUUAGGGCUGAGGCCCUGCUAGUGAGCAUGUGGCUCACUAGAGAAUGAAGAAGCAAAACGUCCGGACCCUAUCGUUGAUCGUCUGUACGUUCACCUAUCUCCUCGUUGGCGCUGCAAUCUUUGACGUCCUCGAAUCCGAAACUGAAAAACGACGCAAGGAAGCUUUAGAUGCCAUUGAAAGAAUGGUUGUAAAUAAAUACAACAUAAGCGAAGUGGACUACAAGAUUAUGGAAACCGUGGUGUUGAAAUAUGAACCACACAAGGCCGGUAAGCAGUGGAAGUUCGCCGGUGCAUUUUAUUAUGCAACCACGGUGCUCACCACUAUCGGUUAUGGACACUCGACACCAAACACUAUAAGCGGGAAGCUCUUUACGAUGUUUUAUGCGAUCAUCGGUAUACCAUUGGGCCUUGUGAUGUUCCAAAGUAUAGGAGAACGGGUGAACAAGUUCUCCUCCGUCGUGAUACGAAAUGUUAAGCGACUUCUUAACUGCAGGAACGUUCAGGCCUCGGAAAUAAAUCUUAUUUGUGUGGUGACAACACUUUCGAUCCUAACCAUCGCAGGCGGAGCUGCCGCUUUCUCUAGGUACGAGGGCUGGUCCUAUUUUGAUUCUGUCUACUAUUGCUUCAUUACCUUGACAACCAUCGGUUUUGGCGACAUGGUAGCCUUACAGAAGAACAGGGCUCUCGAAGAAAAGCCCGAAUAUGUCAUGUUCGCUUUGAUCUUUAUUCUCUUCGGGCUUGCCAUCGUGGCCGCCUCUUUGAAUCUUCUCGUUCUCCGAUUUGUCACGAUGAACACUGAGGAUGAGAAAAGAGAUGAAGCUGAAGCUCUGCAGGCUGCGCAGGGUGCGGUGCGACUGGAAGGCGACGUGAUAACAGCGAAUGGCUCGAUAUUAUCGGGUCAGUUGGGUAACCAGGGUGACACUAUCUCUCUGGACGAUGACGGGGCGUCGGUGUGUAGUUGUCGAUGCAGCGGUUUUUACAAGAAGCGACGGCGGUUACCACGUUUCACGGUGCGUCGAUCGCCUGGCAAAAUAUCUCAUUUGCUACCGAUGCAACAACUUCCGGCUAUGAGUCUUCGGCCUCCGCCUUUAACGCCUCUCUUGCAGCUUCCACCAAUGUACCAACAUCGGGCCAGCAUCUAACAAUAUCCACUCGUUCUUGAUUUGCCAAAAUAAAACAAAAAACUUCCAAUUAUGUACCAAUCGCGAUGAGCUUGUGAAUAUUAUAGAAAAAACAGGACACUGCAAGAAAACAAAGAUCACUAGAAAUGUGCGCACAAUAAUUCGUAAACAGAAAUUUCCUUUUUGUAAAUUCCAGGACAGAAGUUAAAUCGUAUUUUCUAUUUUCAUUCCACAUUACAAGUUAAGUAAUUGACAUUCCAAUUUCGAGUCAAAAUUUAACAAACUCCUUUGGAUUUGUCACAUUUUUUUCAUUCGUCCAAGCAGGAAAUUUUCCCGAAUCAGCAAAAAAGGUAUCAAAAUUCAGAAAUAAAAAAUAGAAAGAUUGUCAGCUAUUUUUAUAAAAAUUCUCUUUUUACUUGACUGAUAAAUUCGAUUAUUGAACAAAAUUCCCUUCGAAGGGAGAGAAAAAAACUUAUAAUUCUCCAAAUAAAAAUUCGAUUAUGUCAAUUGCAAAAGGUCAAAAAAAUUUAUCUUUCAGUGAAGCAAAAAUAGAAAAGGAACAAAAAUGUAAAAUGAGACAUGACAGGGAAUAAAUGUAGAAUAUCGUAAAUCAUACUUGUUCUUUCCGUGAAGAAAUGAGAUGAUUUUAGCGCCAUGUUGGAUUUCAAGAAAUUUAUCUAUGUACAUGUACAAUGUUUCAAAGAAAGAAAAAAAAAGAUAUAUGCUCCCUGGCACUCAAGACGCCUGGGGCAUGAAUGUAAAUAUUAUUAUUCAAACAAACAAAAACACUAUACAUCAUUCUAUAUCCGUGCACAAUUUUUGAUACUCAAUUUGCUCAAAGUAUUAACGAAAAACAAUAUAGAAAAAUUUACAUACCUUUCACACGAAGGAAAAGUAUAUUUUUAUUUAAUUUCUAAAUUGAAAAAAAAGAAAAUUUAUGCUUUUUGUUCAAAAAAAAACUAUUACAAAAUAAUUAUUCAUCUUUGUCAAAUAGAAAAAUUAAUAUUUUAAUCCUAUAGAAUAAAAAAAAUUAUAACGACAAAUUCACGACGUAUCUUUCAAAUAAAUGGUACUAUCGACAGAAAAGAGAGAGAAAAAAACUAUGACGGCGAGUUGUGCCUCGCCCAAAAAGUUCGCAUAAUACUUGGUCCAUUUAGAGUCGGAAAAUAGUUUUCUUUCUCUUUCAAAAAUUGACAGAAAAUUUAGAAAUUAAAUUAUUCGAAAUGAAAAAAUUAAAAAACAUUCUUGAUUAAAAUUAAAUUUUUUUUUAAAUUGUUAAA